AAGGGCAGAUGGUCCAGGCAGCCAGCCGACGGAAUGAGGUGAUCGCAGUGGAUUGGAAGGGCCUAAAGGAUGUCGACCAGAUCCCCAUGGACAGCACCAGCUCACUGCAGGGCAGUAGCCUCCACCGACCAUCCACGGAGCAAACCCGGACAGAGUUCUCCUGGGAUGCCAUCAAUCUCUCCAUGGAGGACACCACUUCUAUCCUCCCGAAGCUCAAGCGAAACUCGAAUGCCUAUGGCAUCGGGGCCCUGGCCAAGUCAUCGUUCUCAGGGAUCUCACGAAGCAUGAAGGACCACGUGACAAAACCCACGGCCAUGGGUCAGGGCCGAGUGGCCCAUAUGAUUGAGUGGCAGGGCUGGGGGAAGGCCCCAGCCAUCCAGCCCCAACAUAGCCAUGAGGCCGUGCGUAGGGACACGGAUGCCUAUUCCGACCUCAGUGAUGGCGAGAAGGAGGCACGCUUCCUAGCAGGUGUGAUGGAGCAGUUUGCCAUCUCUGAGGCCACACUCAUGGCCUGGUCUUCCAUGGAUGGUGAGGACAUGAGUGUCAACUCCACCCAGGAGCCACUGGGCUGCAACUACAGUGACAACUAUCAGGAGCUGAUGGAGAGCCAGGAUGCCUUGGCUCAGGCCCCCAUGGACGGCUGGCCUCACUCCUACGUGUCCCAAGGCAUGUACUGUCUGGGCUCCUCGGAUGCCUGGGAAGCCAGUGACCAGUCCCUCAUUGCCUCUCCGGCCACGGGCUCCUACCUCGGCCCCGCGUUCAAUGACUCGCAGCCCAGCCUGCACGAGAUGGGGCCCUCCCACACCACCUUAGGCUGCUCGGCCCCGGAGCCGCCUUUGCUAGGGGUGGACACUGACUGGGCUCCGUGCGGGGUCGUCAUGGACCUGGCCCGGGUCCCUGCCGAGGAGGAGGAGGAGGAGGAAGAGCGGGAGGAGGGAGAGAGGAGGCUAUUGGCCCCCGAGGAGGAGGAGGACGCGGGGUGCCGGGACCUGGAGUCGCUGUCCCCACGGGAGGACCCUGAGGUGUCCACUGCCCUCAGCCGGAAGGUGUCGGACGUCACGUCCUCGGGAGUGCAGUCCUUCGACGAGGAGGAGGGUGAGACCAACAACUAG